CUCCUUUAUACUUUCAGUAUCGUGAUUCGGAAGUUCAUUAUCUUAGUUCCGGCGCCUGGGAGGAUUUUGGUCAACUGUAUGAUCAAUUAAAAAAUCAUAUCAAUCUCGUAGGUCCAUUGGAAAAUUAUAGAUUUAUUAUUGACGAUAAAGAAAUGAAUUUUGGUUGGACGAAAAUGCAAAUUAUCGAAUUUCUUAAGCAACAGAAAUGCUCAAUUGAACAUCCUGUCAGGAUAUCUAAUAUAGAAAAAGUGAAUGAAUCGUCAAAGCCAUUAUAUCGUCCUAUAAGUGAAGUAGAUAAGGAAAUC